UCAUCAACGCGUCAGCGCCCGUCGCCUUCUUCCCCCACGAGCCGCGGCCGCGGGCGCCCGUCCCUCUCGGCGGGCGGCGCCACCCCAAAAUCCACCUGUUUUGACCGGGCCACUCCCGUUCCCCCGCCCGCGUCACUCGCUUCCUCGUUCCCCUCGUGCACACGCGUCCGCCUCCACCCUCUCCACUGCAGCUCUCCUCCCAAAUCGGAACACGGCUCGCCAUCUUUUUCCCCUAGAAGCGGAAACCCCGUCGUACAAAAGCCCCCGCGAAUUCGCUCGCCAACUUACUGCCUGCCUCCUUGCCCCGGACCCGGAGUAAGUAGCUGAGACCCGAGAGGUGCGAGACCAGGACAGGCCGGCGCCGCCACCAACCGUCGGCGCCAGGAAUUCAAACCGGCGGCGGCGGGCGCGUCGAGGACAGACAGCGAGCGCGCAGCUGGGGUUUAAAGUGGCGUUUUUCGCCCGCCCAGUCCCCACAAAUCCACCCGCAUUCGGCAUUUCCGUCCCCUCGAUCUCACCGCCACCUCCCCCAACUCAAACCCCCCGUUCCUCCUUGCUCAGCCCGCUAGCUUCCGCCGCCCUUGGAUCUCCCCGCCUCACGCGUGCCGUGCAGCUGGUUGCGAGGCGGCCUUGGCGAUGGGGGGAAGCUACACGAACGGAGUCGGUGGGGGUGCGGCGAACGGCGCGGCGGAGGGGAAGCUGGACGAGCUGCGGCGGCUGCUGGGGAAGGCGGAGGGGGACCCGCUCCGGAUCGCCGGGGUGGGCGCGGGGGCGUGGGGGAGCGUCUUCUGCGCUCUGCUGCAGGACGCCUACGGCCGCGACUACCGCGACAAGGCGCAGGUGCGCGUCUGGCGCCGCCCGGGCCGCACCGUCGACCGCGCCACCGCCGAGCACCUCUUCGAGGUCAUCAACUCCCGGGAGGACGUCCUCCGCAGGCUCAUCCGCCGCUGCGCCUACCUCAAGUACGUCGAGGCGCGCCUCGGCGACCGCACGCUCUACGCCGACGAGAUACUCCGCGACGGCUUCUGCCUCAACAUGAUCGACACGCCGCUCUGCCCGCUCAAGGUCGUCACCAACUUGCAGGAGGCCGUCUGGGACGCCGACAUAGUCAUCAAUGGCCUGCCGUCCACGGAAACCAGGGAGGUGUUUGGGGAGAUCGGGAGGUAUUGGAAGGAGAGGAUCAACCCACCAGUGAUCAUCUCUCUGGCGAAGGGAGUCGAGGCAUCGCUAGAUCCUGUGCCCCGGAUCAUUACCCCAACGCAGAUGAUCACCGAUGCAACCGGAGUUCCAUUGGAGAAUGUUCUAUAUCUUGGAGGCCCUAACAUUGCUUCCGAAAUUUACAACAAAGAAUAUGCAAAUGCUCGUAUAUGUGGAGCUGACAAGUGGAGGAAGCCUCUUUCUAAAUUUUUGCGGCAACCUCAUUUCAUUGUAUGGGAUAAUAGUGAUCUCAUUACCCAUGAAGUCAUGGGUGGCUUAAAGAACAUAUAUGCCAUUGGAGCUGGUAUGGUAGCAGCACUGACCAAUGAGAGCGCAACAAGCAAAUCGGUUUACUUUUCACUUUGCACGUCUGAAAUGAUAUACAUCACCCACCUCCUAGCGGAAGAGCCUGAGAAACUUUCUGGGCCACUAUUAGCAGAUACAUAUGUCACACUAUUAAAAGGUCGUAAUGCAUGGUAUGGGCAUAAAUUAGCAAAGGGCGAACUGACUCUGGAAAUGGGGGACAGCAUCAAAGGCAAAGGGACUAUACAGGGUGUCUCUGCAGUCAAUGCAUUUUAUGAACUCCUGAGUCAAGGCAGCUUAAGUGUGAUGCAUCCAGAAACCAAGAAGCAUGUUGCUCCUGUCGAGCUGUGCCCGAUACUCAAAACACUCUAUAAAAUUUUAAUCAAGAGGGAUCUUGGUACCAAUUCCAUUCUCCAGGCGAUACGAGAUGAAUCAAUGUAUGAUCCGCGGGAAAGAAUCGAGAUGGCACAGCGCCAAUCUCUGUACCGACCAUCUCUGCUUGGCCUACCUAAAGGUGACACCAAGUCUUAGAUGCACUCACCAUUUGUGCAGAUUUGUUGCGAGCUUGCGCGGUGUGUCGACCCUUAUAUGUACACUAGCGGGUUCGAUGAGAUGUUUUAGCGCCGCCGGCAUGUACUUAUUCACCAAGUUUCAACUGGCUUCACGGGCUUGUCCAGCCUCCUGUAUAUACAGCCAUUGGUUAUUCAGCUUAAAAAGUUACAUUGGUGAUUCAGUUGUAUUUUACUAUUUGUUUCUUAGAUGGGAAGAGACGCCGGUGAUUCUUUUGAACUUUUGACUAAUUUGCUCUCCAUGCUUUAAGCAAGCAGCAGUGCUCCUGCCUACUUCAGAAGAAAGAGACCCAUGUAAUUUUUGUAUAUGUAAUGCUUGUAUGCCCGUGACAGCUCGUCAGAAGCAGUGGCAGAUUUUUGAAGAAUGGCCAAGUUUCAUGUCUUUGGUUU